AUGAGGGACGUUCUGCAAACCUCGAAGCGUUGGUUCUUCAUUCAAUAUGUCCCCAAUACUUCAAUCAUUAUAAUGGACAAGGAAUCAAAUGCCAUGGGGGAAAUCACCCAGAGCCCUCUUGCUGGUGAAAUUGCAUCUCUCCUGGAAAGCAAUGGCGCUGCAAAACGCUCCAAAUUUCCCAUCGUCUUCGAGAACCUUUCCGUCAUUGGAAGCGGAAAUAAGACCGAAGUUGCGCCAACAGCAAUCUCGCCUUUCCAAUCUGCUCUCACCAUAUUGAACCCCCAAUCAUACAAGAAAUCUGCCAAGCCAGAAAGAACUCUAUUAAGCUCAUGGAAUGGGGUCAUUAAUCCUGGGGAGAUGCUAUUAGUGAUUGGUAGGCCUGGGAGUGGUUGCACGACCUUCCUUAAGACGCUGGCAGGCCUCAGGAGAGAGUUCCACGAUACCCGUGGCUCCUUAACCUAUGGGAAGUCGAUUAAUUCUUCCGCUGCCGAUUCAGUCCGCGUGACAUUCUGUGGUAGGAUCCCCUCACCCUAUAACGGACUUAAUUUCUUAUGUUGUAUGGACACAGCCGAGGAUGAUGACCAUUUCCCUACUCUCCUUGUUGAAGAGACGCUCAGAUUUGCUGUCGAGUCUUCGUGGCCAAGAGACGCUUCAAAGUCAGCCAAGCAUGGCUCAGUUCGAUCUUUAGCGGACUUAUUCGGCCUUGGUCAUGUUCUUCGCACUCGAGUUGGCAGCGCAUCCAUUCGUGGGGUCUCAGGGGGAGAGCGUCGACGGGUCUCCCUUGCCGAGGCGCUCGCGACUCACGCGGAUGUUAUGUGUCUUGACAACCCAACCAAUGGCCUCGAUAGCUCUACAGCCCUUGAGUUUGUGGAGAUGAUGAGGGAGUACACUCGUCAAUCUGGGUGUGCCACCAUCAUGAGCAUAUAUCAGGGCAGCGACGCCAUGGUCCCGAUGUUUGAUAAAAUCGCCGUAAUUAAUCAAGGCCAUCAGGUCUUUUAUGGCAGAUCACAGGAAGCGAAACCUUAUUUUGAGCAAUUGGGGCAUAAAUGUCCGCCCACGACAACUAUUACAGAUUUCUUAACAAGCAUGAGUGCCAACAGGAUAUCAGCACCAAUAACAUCAAGAGAGCCGCCUCCAUCAACUACUAAACAACUGAAGAUGGCAUUUGAAUCUAGUUCUUAUUACCAAGAGACCUUGAGAGAGGUACUGGCUACUAAGUCUAUGCCUCUGCCAGCCGGCUCACUUGGUGGAAACGCCUUCGAACUUCCUUUGUGGCAACAGAUUUAUCUUUGCACCAAACGCCAAUUCCGUGUACUGGUCACCAAUUACCACAAUUGGCUGAUUGAGGCAGGAUGUGCAAUUGUUCAAUCCAUUGCCAUCGGGACCUUGUUCCGGGAUCAGCCCCGCGAAACCAAGUCAUUCUUCAUCUUGGCUUGCUCUCUAUUCUUCUGCGCCCUAGUUCCAUCUCUGCAAGCCAUGUCAGAGUUUGGAAACACGUUCGCCACGCGAUCUCUGGUAGCCCGCCAGAAACAAUAUGGAUUCUACCGGCCCAUGUCAUAUGCGCUUGGGCUCGUCACGACGGACAUGAUUUGGAAAAUUGUCACCAUCAGCUACAACAUCCCACAGUACUUUCUCACAGGUUUCCAGUAUGAUGCCGGCAAGUUUUUCACUUGGUUUCUUGUAUUGUAUGUUGAAAAUAUGGCUCUGAGUAUGAUAUUUCGUACGGUGGGCAUAUUGAGCAAGAGUAUGAGCUGGGCUGUUCUCCCCGUUGGGGUCAUCUUCAACCUCGGGGUUAUAUAUACUGGUUUGUAUAUCCCUCCGCCACAGAUGCAGGGAUGGUUAUUUUGGAUCAAGUACAUCAAUCCAUUAUACUACUCGUGGGAAUCAAUUGUCGUGAACGAAUUCUCCAACUUGGAGUACCAGUGCAGCGAUUCAGACCUGGCUCCCUCAGGUCCCAGCUACGUCAACUUCACAAACCAGGUUUGUGCAGUCAAGGGCGCCAUUCCUGGUCAAGCGAGUGUUCUAGGAUCAGCAUUUGUCCGAGAACAAUAUGGGCUAGACGCAUCUCACCUAUGGAGGAACGUUGGUAUCAAUAUUGCUAUUUUCCUCUUCUUCGCAGUUUGUACUGGGAUCGGUAUGGAGCUUCAUAAACCUGCAGCUGGGACUGCCGCCACCGUCAUGUACCGAAAGCAAACGUGGCCGGCCGAGCGCAAAGGCAAAGACAGGCUUGAUGUGGCAGAGACAGAUGUCGAGAGCGGCUCAUCAGACGAAACCCAAGUAUCUACACAAGGUAUUUCUCCUACACAAGUAAACACUCAUCAGAUGGAAACACAUUCCGGGCGUACACUGGCGUGGGAUAACCUCUGCCUUCGCAUUGAGACUGAUGGGAAGGAAAAAGUGCUCUUGGACAAUUUGAGCGCUAAACCAAAUGUCACAGGCUCUGUUCAUCCCAACCAUCUCACCGCACUCAUGGGUGUCUCAGGCGCUGGAAAGACAACAUUGCUCAACACUCUAGCUGGCCGCAUCGACUUUGGAAAGGUGAGUGGCCAGCUUUCGAUUGACGAUAGCCCUCUUCCCAAAUCUUUCACCAGGUUCAUGGGGUAUGUCCAGCAACAGGACAUACACCUGCCCUCGCAAACAGUCCGGGAAGCCCUUCAGAUGACAGCACGACUCCGCCGGCCCUCUAGUGUAUCCAACGAAGAAAAGGACGGCUACGUGGAGAAACUCAUAUCCCUGCUAGAGCUCGAUGACCUUGCUGAAGUGCUUGUCGGGUUUCCCGGCUCUGGACUCACCUUGGAGCAGCGGCGAAGAGUGUCCAUUGGGGUAGAACUCGCAGCAUUACCUGAGGUUCUCUUCUUGGAUGAGCCAACGUCUGGUCUAGAUGGGCAAUCAGCACUUCAUAUUGUUCGCUUGCUUAGAAAGCUCGCAGACGCUGGUCAGACUAUCUUGUGUACAAUUCAUCAGCCAGCUGGUGAAGUGAUCGAGUAUUUUGAUCACCUCGUGCUACUGGUCAAAGGGGGUCGUGUAGCUUAUGACGGACCUCUGGGUGAUGGCUGCUCGGCUGCAGUUGAAUACUUCCAAAACCAGAGUCACGUUGACUGUGGGGAGAAACAGAAUCCUGCCGAGUACAUUCUUGAUAUCGUUGGAGCAGGGUCACGCUCGACCAACACCAUUGACUGGGCCACGACCUGGGAUCAAAGCAAGGCAUCCACAUCAGGCCCUCAGCAAAAGGAGAAAGUUGAACCGCACGAUGUUCAAAGCUCCUUGGAGAUGCAAUCCAGAGGCCGUUAUGCUGUCUCUUUCGUAUCUCAAUUAUCAGUCGUUUUGCGACGGGCCUGGCUGUUUACGUGGAGGGACCCGGACUACUUUGCUGCAAAGUUGUUUUUGAAUCUGGGCAAUGGGCUAGUCAAUGGUCUCUCAUACCUCAACUCUCCCGAUACUGGUGAUGGCAUGUACAACCGGAUUUUCAGCGCUUUCGUGGCUAUGAUUGUGGGCCCGCCAUUAGCCCUACAAACGGAGGUGCGAUUCUUUGCAUUCAGAGAUAUCUUCCUCCUCAGGGACAAGGACUCUAUGUCAUACAGCUGGAUUGUCAUGGUUUUGUCAGCCAUUCUCGUGGAACUACCAUUCGCCCUGAUAACUGGAUUGGUUUACUGGCUGGUAUGGUACUACCCCGUCGGCUAUUUCACCAGCUCCGACCGUGCUGGCUACUCAUUCCUCAUGUUUGAGCUAUUCCACAUCUUUGUCCACAGCCUUGCCCAACUAGUCGCCAGCGUCAUGCCCAGUUUAGAGUCUUCUUUCGUGGCAAAUGGGUUCUGCUUCAUGUUCCUCAACACAUUAUCCGGCACCCUGAGCCCCAAGCCUCUUACACCAACUGGCUGGAAAUGGUAUUACGACCUGAACCCAUUGUUCUAUUUCAGUGAGGGUACGGCUGCGGUUCUGACACAUGGCCUGGAAAUUACCUGCUCAGAUGCCGAAACGUUCGAGUUUGUGCCGCCUAGCAAUACGACCUGCGUCGACUAUGCCUACGAGUGGUUGGAGAGCGCCUCCGGGUACGUAAUGAACCAGGAUGAUAUGGAGAUAUGCCGUUAUUGCCGUUACAAAGACGGAGACAGCUAUUUGAAGCAAUAUGAUUGGACGUUUGGGAAUAGAUGGCGAGACGUGGGGGUUUUCCUCGCCUUCAUUGCAUUCAAUUAUCUUGGCGUCAUGGCUUUGAUGUAUCUCACCAAGAUUCACAAGUGGAGGCGUUAA